UUUGGCCUCUCCGAUCACAGGCGCUUGCGAUGCGCUGGACGGUUGCUCGGUGCGCGGCGCUAAUUUAGCCGAGCGCUUAAUGAGUGAAUUCGGCUUUUUUUUUGGAGAGUACCUGAUGCUUUCGGAUGACCACAGGUCUGUUCGCGGCGGAUCGACGUCUGGAGUACAUCUACAGUUACCACCAUCACUGAUGUAGCAGCUAUUGGCCCGGCCUUGUUGUCUACCUCCACCCCCCUGUGCCUCACUGUAUCACCUCAUCAGACGACCACGUCACCCUAAAGCCACAAGGGAGAAUCUCUCAGCGGACCUCAGCAGCAACUGAUCGCCACCCUUGGACGCUUUGACCGCAGAGUUCAGUGGCACAACCUUCCAGCAACCUCUCUCGUAGUGGACUGGAGGAAGGAAGAGAAGAAGCAGACCACCUGCCUCAUAACUGCACCCUACUUCUUGAAGCACCCUCUUUCUGCUGGGGUUUUUUGACAUAGGAGAGAACACCUCCACUUGCCCGAGUGGAGGUGUUAAGGUGCUAUUGUCCCUUCUCACCCCCCCCCUCCCCCUAUUUAAUUUUAUCUCCCUAUUUAAUCCCAAAAAAAAAAUUCCCCUGGUUGGUUGUAGCCCGGUUCUGCCGGCCGUGUGAACAUUUCGAAACUGGGGCGCGAUUCAUGGGAUGCGACCAUGUCGGAUCUCGGUGAGCGCAGGCCGGUCAACACGGACUACGCUGUCUCCCUGCUGGAGCAGCUCAAGUUCUUCUACGAGCAGAAAUUAUUGACUGACGUGGUGCUGCUGGUGGAGGACAUGGAGUUUCCCUGUCACAAGAUGGUCCUGGCCACAUGUAGCUCUUAUUUCAGGGCUAUGUUUAUGAGUGGCCUCAGUGAGAGCAAACAGACUCAUGUCCACCUGCGUAAUGUGGACCCAGCCACGCUGCAGAUCAUCAUCACCUACGCCUACACGGGAAACCUGGCCAUCAGUGACAGCACGGUGGAGCCCCUUUAUGAGACCGCCUGCUUCCUACAGGUAGAGGAUGUCCUCCUCCAGUGCAGGGACUACCUCGUAAAGAAAAUCAACGCGGAGAACUGCGUGCGCAUGUUGAGCAUCGGCGACCUGUUCAGCUGCAGUGAGCUGAAGCAGUGCGCCAAGCGCAUGGUGGAGCACAAGUUCCCUGUGGUGUACCGGCAGGAGGCCUUCCUGCAGCUCUCUCAUGAGCUGCUCAUCGAUGUCCUCAGCAGUGACAACCUCAAUGUGGAGAAGGAGGAGACGGUGCGUGAGGCGGCCAUGCUGUGGCUGGAGUACAACAUGGAGGCGCGCUCACAACAUCUGUCCUCUGUGCUCAGCCAGAUCCGCAUCGACGCACUCUCUGAAGUCACGCAGCGAGCCUGGUUCCAGGGUCUGCCGCCCAACGACAAGUCGGUGGUGGUACAGGGUCUCUACAAGUCCAUGCCUAAGUUCUUCAAGCCGAGGCUGGGCAUGACCAAGGAGGAGAUGCUGAUCUUUAUGGAGGCCACAUCAGAGACGCAGGGCGAUGGAGGCCAUGUUGUCUCUGGCCUAGGGCACACUGUGGUGUGCUAUAGUCCACAGGCAGAGAAGGUGUACAAGUUGAGCAACCCGCCAGGUGACCUGCAGAAGGUGGGAACCCUGGUUACCCCCGACAAUGAUGUGUUCAUCGCUGGUGGUCAGAUCCCACUUAAGAAUUCCAUCACCAACCAUGGCAAGAGUGGCAAGCUCCAGGCGGUUUUCCGCUCGGUGGACAGCUUCUUCUGGUUUGAUGCCCAGCAGAAUGCCUGGGUGCCCAAGACCCCCAUGCUGUGUGCCCGAAUCAAGCCCUCACUGGUCUACUGCGAGGGAUACAUCUAUGCAAUUGGGGGAGAUAAUGUGGUGGGGGAGCUGAACAAGCGCACGGUGGAGCGCUACGACUGCGAGAAAGAUGAGUGGACCAUGAUGAGCCCCCUGCCCUUCGCUUGGAACUGGAGUGUCUCGGUUGCAGCACAUGACUGCAUCUAUGUGAUGACCCACGACCUGAUGUACUGCUAUUUCCCCCGUGCGGACACAUGGGUGGAGAUGGCCAUGCGCAAGACCAGCCGCUGCUUCGCCUCUGCAGCUGCCUUUGGCGACCUCAUCUUCUACAUUGGUGGCCUCCAUGUGGUAAGCAACUCCGGCAUCCGCCUGCCCACCAGCACCAUUGAUGGCUCCUCUGUUACUGUGGAGAUCUAUGAUGUCAACAAGAACGAGUGGCGCCUGGCCGCCAACAUCCCCGCCAAGCGCUACUCGGACCCAUGUGUACGUGCCGUGGUGCUGCUCAACUCGCUGUGUAUAUUCAUGCGAGAAACCCAUAUGAACGAGCGGGCUAAAUAUGCCAUCUAUCAGUACGAUGUGGAACUGGACCGCUGGUACCUCCGGCAGCCCGUAUCAGAGCGCGUUCUCUGGGACCUUGGCAAGGACUUCCGCUGCGCCGUGGGGAAACUCUACCCCUCCUGUCUGGAGGAGUCACCAUGGAAACCCCCAACGUACCUCUUCUCCCCCGAUGGGGCAGAGGAGUUUGAGGUGGAUGGGGAGAUGGUAUCUCUCCCCCACGUAUAGCUCUUAAUCCCUCCCUCUUCCAGACCUCGCUUACUGGAGUCUGGGUUUAUGAGGAGGGACGGACACCAAAAGGGGUUGUGGGACGGAACUUGAGAACUCAAUGGGUUUGAUGUUUCUGUGUUCGGGAGAGUUCUAAGGACGUUGAAGCCUCCGGUCGCCAUCAAUUUAAGCAACGCGGCGCAGCCUGGAAAACCCUGGAGCAAAAAAGAUGCCCCCCAAAAAAUGACUAGUAAUCUAAAACCUUUUUUUUUUUUCCCUUGGUUUUCUUCUUUUUUUUUUUCUUUUGUCAGUUGUGACAUUUUCAGAUAUUAUUACAAGUCUGUUAUACUGUUUCUACAAUGUGAUAAUCUAAAACUUAAACUGAUUUUUUUUUUUUUUUUGUGAUGAGAAUGAUGAUGCACUUACAGAUAAACCUCCAUGGAAUGACAAUGGCAACUGUACCAAAAUCCCCCAUUUCUCCUUCUACCCCAGCCUGGCCUGCCCCUCCUCUUCACCCCGGCCUCUCUCUCUCUCUCUCUCUCUCUCUCU